AUUCAUUACUUACCUACACAGUUUUAUGGGCCAUAAAAAUUUCAGAGGACGAUAAUCAAUUGCCUCUGAAACAGUACAAAAUUGGCAAUGGCUCGAACUUUACGCUUCGUGACGUAUGGUCUCACGAAACAAAAAUUGAACUUUAAAAUUAUUAUUUAUAAUAACACUUGUGAUGCAGUUACAAAAUGAUUACGGGAAAGAAAAAAGUGACUGCCUUUGUUUUUCUGAUUGUUGUCGUUUUGUAUUUUGUUGUUUGGAGAAAGAUAGAAGAAGAAGCUGUUCAAGAAGAAAGACGAGGACGAGGAGAUUAUUACGAUAUUUGGAUAUGUUCCCAUAACAUGAGAAGCUAUGUCACCGAUUCAGAAGUGGACCUAUGUGAAGGCGUCCAGAUAUUCAUGUUUAAACUGUGUCAGGAAGUAGGACUGCCAAGUUCUGUUGCAAAGAUCGGCGUGCCCAGAUGGAUUCCGAUAAGCAUACAUUUUCCGAACAAAUGGCUCACCUAUGGCAACGCUCCUCACAAAAGCAAAAACGUUAGUGUAAUCCAUUCUAUGGCCCUCGGCAUUAAUCUGAACGGCGGUUUCAUCCCAAAUAGUUACACAAUAAUCCCCAUAGCUGGAAGCGAACGCAAAUGUAUUCUUGUUGUCCAUGGAGCAUUCUACGGAAGUACAACAAAUUUCACUAUCGCUAACAUCCAUGGUGAUUGGAACGGCAAGUACGAUAAUGGAAAUAAUAUCUAUACAAUUAAUUGGUUCUUGAGAUACAUGAAGAAUUAUCUGUCAAGUCAUGGAGGACAUUUCGUUCUUGCUGGUGAUUUUAAUAUUGACUACAGCAUGUUAAAUAAGCUACGUUCUCAACUUGACACAAUACUACCUAACUUGAUAUAUCCAACACUUACACACCAAAUUGUAACUUACGUCGAGCGUAAAUUAGUUAGUGUCGAUCACAUAAUUUCGAAUGUUGAAAUACGUGAUUUAGCUACCCGAGCGAGUCCACAAAAGUCCGAUCAUGUGCUUUUGGCUUUUAAAAUUCGCCUGCCUUACAUAGUGAAACCUCAUGCCAUAAGUGCAUUUAUAAGAAUACCGUAUAUAGAACCUACUUACUGAAUGCAGCAUUCUUAUUUGCAAGAUCUGGUCUAACACUGGGUGAGGAGCGGUAAUAAAUAAUCUGUCCAAAGUUUCUACAAUGUCCUCGAACGGCAGGCACUUCACUGGGUUUCGAUGGUGAUAACAACGACACAAUUAACGAGAAUGCUUCCUUUCCAAACUGAGACAGGAACAAAGCCCUUUUCUGCACACUUUCUAAUGGUCCCGACGCUUCAAAUGCAAAGUACAGUUGCUCCUUAUAAUUGUCCUACUUAUCUUCCUUGGGAUCGAACUUUCCGGGCAAAACUAUACUUGAGAUAUUCGCCGCUGCCAUUUCUUACUUAUAUUUCACUUAGUUUCCUCGUCGCCAAUAUAGUAUUUAAGGAAUUAAAAGCCAGAAUUCAGCACAGCACAUGGUUUUAAUGUCAGUCGCAAUCAGUUACGACCUAAUCAUCACAUUUUGACAGCUCAUAUCAUUUAUAGAAACUACCCACUUUAAUCAUACAUUACAAUUAUAUUUGAAUAUUUCUGUACCCUCUGUAAAAAACGCGCUAACUCGACUUGUAUUAAUAUUCGUUUUUUUAAAUAUUCGUCAUUUGUGUAAAAAGACUCAUCUUUCUAUCUGAUCACCACUACUCUAUGUGCUCUAGAACCGAAGAUAAUUUUCCUGCAUAAUGAUAUAAGUCACCCUUUUCCAGAAAAUGUAACUGGUUUUUUCUAUAAUGUGAUAUAAAUGUACACGCACAUAUUCACUUUCGUACGUCACGCCUAAAUUCUACGUGUAAAGAAUUGCAACUUCAAUCGAAUUAUUAGAAACAUUGAGCUUUCAUUAAUUUCCCUAACAAUAUAUACAGAACAAGAUGAUCCCCACGGACCAUCUCGUAAGCCAAAACCGUAAUCAUCUAGCCUCAAUUUACUUUUUUUUUGUUCGGCAAAAUAACCUUUAUGCUGUCUACUGUUACCAUGCCAUUAAAAAAAAUAGAGCAUUAUGCAAAGCCACCAACACAAAAAUCUUAGCAAUUGAUUGCUUAGAAUGGAAGUUAUGGAAGCUUUUAAUUAACUUUAGAUAAACUCACACAAUUUUUGUUCUUUUCCACAAAAUUUAACUCGUCACUCACAUUGCCAUUACGAAUUGACUGAUGACAGGGCACAUUGAGGCCUACAUUUUACCGAAGAAAAUAUCUAGAUGACGUUACUAGUUUCGCUACAAUUGAAAAGGAUCAUCUUACCUCCAAGGAUCAUCACGUACCCUUUCCCCUAGUUUAAUUUAUUUAUUUCACUUUAAUAAGCUCUCAAAUAUGUACCUACCCAAUCAACACAUAUUAUCAGUCAGCAGUACCUAUAGUAAUCGGCAGUCUCAAAUGUUAUUAAACUUAAACAUUAUUUUAACAAACAAUUCGUAACAGUAUCUAAAUAUUACAAUAAAACAAAUUAACUGUUAACAAAUGGAAAACUAAUCUUAAUUGUAGUAAACUUUGGUCGUAAUAUAAUAUAACUGCCUCUGU